CCUUGUUCUGUGCGCAUGCGCAUGCAAAGUGAAACCGGAGCUGCUGCGGGAAAAUCUAGAGAGGAAGAACAGAUCGACCUGCAAGGUGCCUUCUUCUUCUUCUGCCCUCAUGCAUCGCGUCUUUGUUUACGGCUCCCUAAAGAGGGCGCAGCCAAACUACCCUCUCAUAACAGACAGCAGUAAUGGAAAGGCGGAGCUCCUCGCCACAGCUACAACCGUCCAGAAGUACCCACUGGUGAUCGCUACUCAGUACAACAUCCCCUUCCUCCUUAACCUCCCGGGACAAGGCCACAGAGUCCAUGGAGAGCUCUACAGAGUGGAUGAAAAGAUGCUGAAAUACCUGGACUGGUUCGAGAACAUCCCCACCAUGUACCAGCGGACUGUAGUAGAACUGGAAAUCAACGAGCUGGCAGACGUGGUGGACGAGGAACUAUCGCCUGGGAACAUCACUGAGGCGUCUGUGUACAGCACCACCACCUACCAGCCGGACUGGCCCUCGCUGCCGGCGUACCAGAGCUACGACUCCAACGCAGACCACGGCCUGAAGUUUGUACUGAGGGAGGAUCGAAACUGGGCCUCAGCGCGGCGAUGUUAAUGACUUCCACCUCUGUGCAAAUGAGCACGCUGCCUUUAAACCUAGAUAAACGGGACCAAGAGCUCCAGCAGACGGACCCAAACUAAUCCUGAAGGUGAAAAUGACUGAAAAAUAUCACUAAUGCAACUGAGGAAGUUCUCCAUUUAUACUGAUUUAAGACAGAUUAAGCACUUUUCUACAGAUCUGUACACAAAUCUUUGAGUCAUACAUGUUUUUUUGUUGUUGUUAGAUUAUCUUGCAAAGUUGUUUUGAGCAUUUAUUUGUCGAUAAAACUCCUGUAGUGGAUACAUGAAGUGAUCCUCAUAAAGAGCCUCAAUUUGUUCUAGCAGAUGGACAUGAAGCUGAAAAUGACUGAAAAAAAUCAUUAAUGCAACUGAGGAAGUUUCCAUUUAUCUUGAUUUAAGACAGAUUAAGCACUGAGUCAUACCUGUUUUUGUUGUUGAUUUAUAUAAAUUAGAUUAUCUUGCUAAACUUUUGAGCAUUUGUUUGUCGAGAAAACUGAUAGCCUAUACAUGACGUGAUCCUCAUAUUGCCUUAGAUCCAUAAAAUGGAGCACAAUUAUUCUAGCAGAUCAUCCUGAAGCUGAAAUCAUGUAUAAAUGUUACUGUUCAUAUUGUUAAUUAUUCAAAAAUCUGCAAAGCAGUAAACUAAGAGAAGGAU